AAUACGGUGCACCCUGCAGCCUUGUGGAUUCUGUCCGUCGUCGUUUGAAAUCACUACUCGGUAUCAUCGGCAUGAAAAGAAAAAGCGACUCAAUUUCAUCUGUCAUGACUAGCCGCAGAUUCAAACCAGAAAAAGUUGAUUAUUUCGCAGAUUUACCAUCCUCAAUCAUCACCCACAUUCUGCUUCAACUCCCCAUCAAAGCUAUUUUUGCUUGUAAAUGUGUUUGCAGAACAUGGAAUGCACUCAUUUUAGACCCAUGUUUUGUAAAAUUAUACUCAGAACAUGCAUCACUUUGUUUAAUGCUUCGGUUUCAUAAUCCAAGACUAGUGUCAAAUACCUUGCACCUUAUUGAGCACAUACCUCCAAAGUUUGAGUAUGUCACUGUCAAUUUUGAUCCUAAAUUCAAGCUCCCUUUCCGGAAUCCGGAAACUACAAUUCGGGUUCCUCAUCCAAUAGAUGAUAAAUUUGAUGUGGUGAAUUCCUGCAAUGGCUUGCUUUGCUUGUGUGAGCCAAAUGUCUCUUUUUCCCCUCUUUCCGAGCUAUGUAGUGUAAACAAUUUAGUUGUUUGCAAUCCAAUUACAGGUGAGUUUAUAAGACUUCCGGAAGCUAAUGGACUUUUGAAUUUUAAUGGGAUACCAAUAUCCGCCGGUCUUGGCUUCCAACCCAAAACUAAUGAGUAUAAGGUGAUAAGAAUAUGGAAGUGGAUACAUUAUUAUAAACCUAAUAUUGUGGUUGUUGAGAUGCACACAAUAGGAACAACAACAUGGAGGAAUGUUGAAUUUGAUCCUAUGUUUUCAUUUUCAAGGCUUGAAUCUCCCGCUUCGGUGAAUGGAGCACUUCAUUGGAUUAAUUUUGAUAACAAAAAGCUGUCAAUAUUGUCUAUAGACUUAGAAAGUGAAAGAAUUCAAUCCUUCCCUUGUCCUCCUCCUUCUUCUUCUUCUAGUGAUAUCACCUUGGUAGAAUUAAAGGGAUUUCUUUACUUAUGUGAAAAAAUAUUACCCAAUACUUGGUCAGUAUGGCUUAUGAAAGAAUAUGGCAUUGGUGAAUCAUGGACCAAGGUUUUCUGCACAGAUAAUUUCGUCCUAAAUCCUCUGAAUUUUCGUGUAUGUAAGCCAAUAAAACACUUUGAGAAUGGCUGUGGUGCCUUAUUGCUUCAGCCCACCAAUAGGUGUUAUCUCUCUGUUUAUUAUGAACCAGAUAAACAUAGAGUUGCAUAUUUAGCUACGAAAACGGCUGAAUCAUUCUGGUAUGAACCAAUCGGGUUUGAAUCAAUCCUUCAUAUUCCAAGUCUCAUAUCAUUGAAGAACCUUGCUAAAGGAAACAAGGUUGAGGUGCAGAAUGUCCAUAAUCUAUAUUUGUAAGGGUUAUGCACCCCUUGUGCCUCUUUCUUAGUAAUAACAUUUGCUUAUAAAAUAAUUGUUUAUCGCAAUGUAAAACAUUA